CGCGAGUAGUUCGGAACCGGGCAGCCAAGUAUCUAGUUGAGCCUCCUGUCCGUGGGAAGCGAAACGAGUGGUUCCGGUGCUAGGGUUCUGUUGCGGUCCCAGUUUUGUCUCGCUUCGUUCGGUGAGCUCCGCGUUCCUGAGUGGUCCGGUGUCCGGUCGGUCGCAAAUGGCGUCCGCAGGCGAUGGUGAGAAGCCGCCGAAAAUGGCAGAGGAAAACGGAACCAACCCGACCAAUGCCGUCGAGCAGCUGAGCGAUCCGACCCGUUGGGAGAAGUUUUGCCUUCGGCGCGGAAUCAACCCGAACCUAAUCAUGCUGAAGAUCACGCUGUUCGUCAUGUAUGGUGCCACCUCGUCGCUACUGCCGUACCUGACGAUCCACAUGCAAAGCACCGGCCUGACGGUGGAGGAAAUUGCCAUCAUAUACCUAGCGCUCCCGUUCACCACGUUCCUGAGCCCGCCGAUCACCGGCUUCUUGGUGGACAAGUUCGGUCGGUACAAACCGGUGGUCAUCAUGAGUUUGCUCUUAAACGCAUUAUUCCACCAUUCGCUGCUGCUGAUCCCGCAGCAGGAAAUACCGGGCAAGCUGCCGGAAGCGUACGUAAUGAGACAUCCCUUGACCGGAAAUGUAGAGGUCUGGUGGUCACCGUGCCCGAGCCGCGAGUGCCCGGAGGAGGAAGAGAUGGACAUCGUGGUGGACCAGUGCCUGGAUCACUGUUUGCUGCUGGAGCAGAACCCGAAGAUCGAGAUAGCGCCACCGCCGACGGACCUGCCGCUGGUGGUGACCCCGAACUCGGUCGAUGCGAACGACCCGAAGGACGAUCUGGAUCUGUUUGUGCGGAAGGGGCCCAGAAAGGGUGCCAACAAAACGAACGACGUACUUAGCAGCAGUUCCAGUACCACUGAGCUGUACAUCGACAAGUCAAUACUUAAGGAGGACCCGGACGAAUCGGAAGAGAGCGAGGAGGGCUGGGUCGUGGCGGGUAGCGGCGACUCGGCGUUCAUCGUGCUCGACAUGCACCCGGACCUGGGCGAACCGAUCGAGCAGCUGGGCAUGGAGAUCGAACACGACGACAACGCGACCGUGACGGACUUCAAGACCCGCUUCGGGGUGGCGCUGCUCUGGAAGCAGGGUGUCAACGUGACGGCACUGGAGGAGGAGGACCUGCGGUGCGGGGGUCUGGUGCUCACCUCGAACAUGUCGCUCAACAGCAACCUGAUGCUGUCGGAGUGGGCCGCCGACUGUAUGGUGCAGCGGUGCCGGUUCCGGCGCAACGGUCCCGACAUCUGCCCGCCGGACUACAAGGAGAGUGACGACAAGAUCUUCUGGAUCUACUUCGCCCUCCGUUUCCUGGCCACGACGAUGCUUUCGGCCGGCGUAACCAUCAUGGAUCCGAUCGCACUCACCAUGAUCGAGAAGUACGGUGGUGACUUUGGGCGCGAGCGACUCUUCUCCAGUAUCGGGAUGGCUAUCUUUUCGCCGAUUACCGGCAUCAUGAUCGACUUCUUCUCGCGGGACCUCGGCUACACGGACUACUCGGCUGCGUUCUACACGUACGACGUGUUGCUGAUCAUCUCGUCGGUCACGGUGUUCCUGAUGCCACUCGGCGAGAAGCUGCCGGCCGACAACGUCUUCAAGGACCUGUUGAAUCUGCUAAAGCUGAAGCACGUCAUCAUCUUCAUCUGGUUCCUGUUUCUCCUAGGCAACUUUUGGGGAUUCAUCGAGAGCUUCCUGUUCCUGUACCUGAAGGAACUGGGUGCCCCAAACUAUCUGCUGGGUAUCACCAUUACGGUUGGAACGGUCAGCAGUAUCCCGUUCCUGUACGGAGCCGGUCGUAUCACGAAGGUCGUUGGCCACGUGAACCUCAUCGUGAUAGCGUUCGUGGCUCACGCGUGUCGCCUGGUGGGCUACUCGUUCAUUGAAAACGCCUGGUGGUGCUUUCCGUUCGAAGCGAUGGAAGCCCUGUCCUGCCACCUGAUGUGGGUCGCCGCGGCCACCUAUUGUGCACUGCUCGCCCCGAAGAACCUGCUCGCCACGCUGAUCGGGGUGUUGGGAAUGGCCCACUUCAGUCUCGGCCGCGGCAGUGGCUCCUUCUUCGGUGGCUUCCUGAUCGGUGAGGUGGGAACCCGCGAGGCGUUCCGUUACAUGGGGCUCGUGGCCGUAGCCGGUGGGCUGGCCUACAAGUUCAUCCACGCCAUCUGGCUCCGCAAGUACGACAACCCGGAUGCGGACGACGAGGUGGUCGAGAAGGGCGAAUCGGAGAAGCUGUACAGUGAAGGUGACGAACCGAAGACGAAGGAUCAGGGCACGUCGAUGUCGCAGGAACGGCUCUCGCUGAUGAUAAAGUACAAUCAGAUAGGCAGCCUCACCUCGCUCCCGAGGGGCUCCCGGGGUGACGUGAACGAUGCCUUCGCAAGACGCCGGAGCAGCUACAACAUCGAGUUCGUGCGCGUCCAGAAAGGUGGCGGCAGUGCGUCGAAGGUGGACCUCCUGAAGUCGGCCAUCGACAUCAACCACAAGGCGUCGCAUCCACACCUGCGCAAGGAAGGCAAGGCGUCCGAUCAGUCGCUCAACUCGAAACGUGCCGACAGCGCGCCCCGUUUGAAUCAAUCGAAAAACAUUUCCCAGCCAGCCCUGGGCGCCGUGGUGGACGAGGACCUACCGACGUCGGUGCUGUCGCGACACCGGAAAAAGCACCACCAGAGCGGCAUCCUCGUGGUGAAGGCCUGCAGCCAGGACGGGGACUUGGAUUUGCGCAAUUAUCUGCGGGAAACGGAACAGCGCGACUCCAUCACCGAGGGCGAGGUAGAAAACUAUAAGCUGGAGCUGAGCAAAAAGGCAUCCCGAGGCCAUGUGCUGAACGACAUUCCGGAACGGACGGUUGAAGCGUCCGAGCAGGUUGCCGUUGCCGGCGGAUCGACAUCGCCAGCCACCUCGGCCAGCGUGACACCAGCGACUGCCGUCACCGCCACCGAGAGCAUAGCGGAUCGGGACCAAGAGAAACCCGCGACCUGACGGACCGGACUUCGCACAGGGACCUCCCGAUGAUAGAUGAUGAUUGUUGCGCCGUUUUGUUGGUUCGUCCGUUACUCGUUCAUAUCUCUAGUGUGUUGCUGUGUAUUUCUUUUGUUGCAUCCGUUGUUUCCCGGGGACGGAGUUUCGUUGCGUAGUUGUGGUGCGUUGGGCCUUGAUCCUCGUGGUUUUCAGUACCGCGAAGCGCAAUACGCUAUACCAAACAGUACAAGAAGUAGGAUUGAAUAAUACACUGACUACAGGUG